CAAUCACCCAUUUUGACAGCUUCCUCUGAACGCAUUGGAAUCAUCUGGCAUCAUAUAGCUACUCCCGAGACAUAACAAAACACAACAAUAUUCAGCUACCAUGAUUUUCAAUCCCCACAAGCUCGGAGUCCACAAGGUUCUCCAACAUAUCCCUCUAAAUGGGCUUUUUGAUGCUCCGUACAAGAGAGCCCUGCAAAAGGCCGUAAACAUUGCCGAUUUGCGGACGAUUGCGAAGGCCCGAUCGCAUAAGGUCCGUUUUACCUUUGUUGCACAACAGCGAGAACAUUUUUUUCGAAAUCAUCAGUAGUUGCUGUAUCUCCUCGAUCAGGUAGCAUUGACCUUUCCGACACAGCUCCGAAAGCAGGCCCCACUGGAUGCUGCCUCCGCAAAUAUCUCACUUUUUUGUCUUCCCUAUCCCUUACCUAUGCCUUUUGCUGGCAAAACAUCAUCCAAUCGAACAACAAUUUGCACAUGACGGAUUUCUUGGGUCACUCACUGAAAAUCCGUUUUCUAAAUCUAUUGAAAAUGGAUGGUAAACCAAUUCUCGCACGUCGAUCCGUAUCUAUUGUGACGCUGUUGACUUCGUUGUACUAUUCUAUUGCAGAUGGUUUUCGAUUACCUUGAUGCCGGAGCGGACGACGAAAUUAGUUUGAGACGCGGAAAGGAUGCCUACAGCGAGUUGGAGAUGCAUUUCAAGAUUUUGAGUGGUCUGAAACCACCCCUCGAUUUGUCCACAAAGAUUUUUGGCAUGGACGUCAACCUUCCGUUUUUCGGUUGCCCAACGGCCGGAAAUCGCAUGUUUCACUGGGAGGGAGAAGCAGCAGCCGCCAAGGCCUCCGAAAAAUUCGGAACUCUCUACGGUCUCUCUAGUUUGGCGACUACGGGGAUCGAGGAAAUCGGCAGCAUCCAUUCGGGUCCGAAGGUCUUCCAAUUGUACGUCUGGAAGGACCGUGAGUUGGUCAGGGACGUCAUCUCCUUGGCCAAGGAGGGUGGUUUCGGCGCCCUAGCGCUAACGGUUGAUUUCACCUGGUACGGCAACCGUGAACGCGACAUCCGCAACGACUUUUCCAUCCCUCCCAAGUACUCUGUACCCCAGAUGAUGGAGGCAAUUCGCAAACCGGCCUGGACCUACGACUUCCUUUCGCACGAGCCCUACACAUAUGCCUGCAUCAACAAGGAGGUCCCAGCGGAUUCACUCGCGGCGUUUGUGAACAGUCAGAUCGCUCCCGAAUUCGAUUGGAAUGACGCCGAGUGGCUUCUUGGUGAAUGGAACGGACCCGCAGCCCCCAAGGGUGUGUGUCGACCGGAAGACGCCAAGAAGGCCGUCGAGAUUGGAUUUUCCUCCAUUUGGGUAUCCAACCACGGAGCUCGACAGCUCGAAACCAGUCCCGCCACAAUCGACGUGCUCCCAAGCAUCCGAGAGGCUGUCGGACCCGACGUUGAGGUCAUUAUGGACGGUGGCGUCCAGCGUGGGACGGAUAUUGCCAAGGCUCUGGCUCUGGGAGCCGACUCGGUCGGAGUUGGAAAGCCAUACCUUUGGGGACUGGCCGCCGGUGGAGAAGCCGGUGUGUCCAAGGCCUACGACAUCUUGAAGGUCGAGCUGGACCGAGCUAUGGGAUUGUUGGGAACGGGUACGGUAGACCAGCUCAAGAAGGAAGGACCCUCGCUGAUCAAGCGAAGAGGAGCAAGCAUCCGGGAUUAUCCCGACCGAUAUGCUCUCGAUCGGGGAUACGGUGGCGGUAUUGUCUAAGUCCCUCUUUUCUGAAAUACAUAGCUGAUGCAGGUAACAGAGCAAUCAAAAGCAGCAUAGAACGGAGCAACAAAUGCCUUGCUCAUGGAAAAAGGCCUAGAAAACAAUGCUACGAACCAAUAUAUUACGAAGCAAAAACAAAGAAUGGUUUCUACAUCAAGAACAAUAGAAUUGGGUGCAAAAC